UGGACCGAGUUUUCCGUGCAGCCGAGCGUUCCGUGAUCCUCACGGCCACAGUACCAUUCACGACGCGAACGCGUGCGGCGGCUCGCUGAGUCCGUGUUCCUUUUUUUUCGUUGUUUUGACAAAUGGAGCUCGUCGCGACCGCUGCUGCACCGGUGACCUUCGGUGGCGUCUCGCCGGCGUCGGCGCACCCCGAGACAGCUGAUCGUGAAUCACGGCCCGGCCACUUAGCCGGCGGCGAACCGAAGUGUUACAUCUGUGGGGAUUUGCGGUUCGGCUCGGAGCCGGAACUGGACCGUCACCUGGAGUGGCAGCACGCCGGCGAGCUGGUGCCGUACCGGUGCGCACCGUGCGGCUUGGACGGGUUCGUGCCGAUCCGGUCGAUGCGUGCUAUUAAUAAACACUUUGCCCUCCACGACGUGCACGAGCGGCCGCACGGAUGCACCCUGUGUGCGCUGCGCUUCCGCUCCGGGCGCAACCUGCAGUCUCACGUUCGUCUGUACCACGCGGGCGGCUCGCGAAACGUCAAAACGUGGCCUAACGGCUCGAUGUCCGAAGUGUCCUCCUGCCAGAAGCGGCGCUCCACCGGGCUCCGUCGCGACUUCCAGUGCGCCCACUGUGGCGCCAUCUACAGUGCGCGGAGUGCGUUGAAGCGCCACGAGAAUACGCACACGCUCGGCGUGACGUACCUGUGCCGGGAAUGUGGCAAACGCUUCGCCAAACUCGACUGCCUCACGCAGCACGCCCGGAUCCACAGCCGGAUACGGCCAUACGCGUGCGAACUGUGCGGCAAGACGUUCAUCCAGCUCGGCCACCUCCGGAUCCAUAUGCGCCACCACACCGGCGAACGACCGCACGUCUGCGGGAUCUGCAACCGCGGGUUCCGCCACAAGACUGGCCUAACCGUGCACGGUCGAAGUCACUCCGGCGUGAAACCGUUCCGGUGCGCCGUCUGUGGCACCAGUUUCGGUGAUGCUGGCACACUCCGGAAGCAUGGAGCCGUCCAUCGGACGAAGACCACGGUGUAGCGCCUGACGCCAUUACGUCAUCGGACAUCGGAGUACUUCCGACGGCACGUUGCCAGCUGACGGAUGAUUGCGAGCAAACGACACAUUCUGGACCAUCACGUUCCCAAGGAGCGAGUUUUGUGACUGUGACUCGCGGACGUUAACAGUGGUUCUAAAAAUAAUGGAUGACCAUAUGUAGGUGGUGUGUAAGGGGCAUUAAAAAUGAGUUUUAAUUAUUUUCCGCAACCGAUAAGCAGCACGAGUGCGCUGGACAAAGUUGGCGAUACCUUAGUCACAGUU